CGAUAACCAUUUUUUAAAAUAAAUUUUUCCGUAUAAAAAGAAAAAGAUACUUUCAAUGAUUCGCGUAUAAAAUGCACGAUUAUUGAAUUUUGCAAUAUACAUAAUUUUAGUUGCAAAAAUAUCACGUGUAAGGAAGCAUGAUAGUAGCGCACUCGUACGCCGUUUUAAGAAAUACCGAUAUCAUAUUCUAAAAAAUUCCACGGACUUAUAAUACUUUGCAACAGAAGAAUAAUUUGUAUUAUAUUGUCGAUUGACGAGCAAACAAUUCCACGGUAAAUCGACUCGGGAAUCAAAGUGUAUGUUUAAUUACUGAGAAAAACGAAGUAAAUGUAAGAGUGCGCAUUUCGAAGAUUUAUUAUAUUGGGCUGUUAAUUUAUGACAAAAUAUUUAACUAUUAUCUAUUAGUAUGGACAUAGAAUUACCAGAUUAUGUUUAUAAAAUACAAGCUGUCAAUCGUGCACGCAAAAUACCAAGUGUAAAUUAUUUGUGGGAUAAGUCCAUGGAAGUAUAUGGUCGUGUAAAAGAAACAAAUGUAUUUAUUCAUUGGGCAUUUAAUACAAUGGAAAAUGUUCUAAAUACUGUAAUGGAAAAAUCGUUACCAGUAGCUAAGUUAAUGGAGAAGCCAAUUUAUACUUUGGAUAAAACAUUUUGUCAAGGACUUGACUAUGUAGAAGUAAAGUUGCCUAUAAUUAAGGAAGAACCAGAACAGAUAAUAAAUCGUACUAAAUCUAUUGUAUCCAAGAGUCUUGAACCAGCUGUUAAAACAUUUAUUGAAUUAAAACAAGAAACUGAACAUAAAGUUAGAAUUAUGACAUUACUAACUUAUUACAAAGUUUAUUACUUAAGGAUAUAUAGUUGGCAACAAGCUGAUCGAGUUAUGUCAACUGAAAUAGGGAUUAGUAUUUUAAAGACUGUUGAUAACACUACUGAUUUUGUUGAACUACUGUUGGACAAAUAUCUACCUGUUCCUUAUCAUGAAUUUCAUACUAGUACAACAGAAAAAUUAUGCAAUGAAGAUGGAAAAUUCCAUCAUACUGUGAAAAGGCUAAGUGAAUUUAGUUCCCGUGCUUCCCGACACAUUUAUUUUGCUUUAGUAGAUAGAUGGCAACAUUUAUACAACAUAGAAAUUCUUGUUUUAAUAUUAUAUACUCUUAUUGUUAUUCAAACAAUCAAACUUUCUGAAACAACAUUAUCAUUCAUUUCCAAAUUAUUGAAUAACUGUCUUGUCACACAUUAAAGUGAAUGUAAUCUAUAAUUUACUGUAUUCUGUAUAAUUGUAAAUUAUGCAUCAUUGGUUAAGAGAUAUGUGAUAUGUUAAUGACAUAAAACAUUUUGUACAUAUUUAUCUUGCAAUCUUUUAUUUGUAAAUAUUAAGAACAAAUUAUAGAUCUGUUGAAAGUUAA